AUCCAUUAAGCUAUAUAAACAUUGUGAUAGUUUUGUUUCCAUGAUGAUCUGGAAAAAUAAAAAAAUGUUUUUGAAUUAGUAAAUAUAAAAGUAUUUCAUUCGUCGGUAACGUACUGGCAUGAGAACGUGCAUGUGUCGGGAAACAUUUUCUCGCUCUGUUAUGUUAAGUCAACAUCUCGUCUGUAACUUACAUUUUCUGGAUUAUACAACGAAUGACAUAUAUUUGGAGAAACUGGUAGUCUUGAAGUUGAAGCAUGGAAACCCAUCUGUCAAAGUUGAGUAUACUUUUAUUUCCUUUUCUUUUUAUUGGCAUGCUUUAAAAUGAUCAUAUGAUAAAAGCACUUUAGUUUCUAUAAUUAUUUCUAAACACCAUAAAGAUUUAUGUCAGUUAAUUAUUGAAUUUCAUUUUCUCAUUAAUAUCUAAUGAUAUGUUGCUAAUUAACAUAACAGAAUCAACAUCAUGAUGUUAAUAACAAAAUGUACUUUUUGUUUUCCUUCUCAGCUCAUUGACUGGGAAAAGUUUGUCAAUCAAAAAAAAGAGAAUCAUUUAAACUCAUGCAUAUAUCUGUAUUUCUUUGUGGAGAAUUGUAAUACAUGAGGCAGUAUACAUUUUCUUGUAGCAAUGACAUAUAUAUGCAUUUCACAAUUUUUCACUAGUCCAUAAACACCCAUUAACAGUUCCAAACAGUUCCAAGAGAGAAGCUAAGACAAUGAUGACAAUUUACCUUUCCAGAGUGCCCCUUUCACACAUGAUCGUCCACUUCAGUAGAGAACGAGAAGAAAUACUCUUCAGUAAAAAAUAAUGACCAAAGGCCCCUAGCUACAAAUGCACAGACUUGGGCUUGACUAUCCUCACUCUUUAAUGCUAGCAACACAGAAGAGGCAACAUGAUCUGUAAAACAAAUUAAAAUAAUAUGGGAAAUCAUCCAGGAAAGGAAGAAGAAAAAAAGUUUACUGAAGAGACACAUGCAGACCUGAGGAGAAGGCAAGAAGAGCUCCAUCAACUGAAAUUGGAAGCAUCAGUGAAGAAAUCAGUCCACAAGAAGAAGGGCUUUGUUGUUGUGCAGGAAGCAGCGCAGACUGUGGCGGAUGCAGCCAAGAUUCUUAUGGGGUCGUUGGCUGAGUUAACUGCUCAAUCCAAAACAGCUGUUGUUAGCUUGGACUUUCACCUUUUGCGAUUGAGUGACAAUUUUAAAAAAGAAGAUUGCAGGUUUUGAUGUGGAAGUAAUGGGGAUCCUCUCCCUCUGCAUGCCAGGAUUCAGGAGGAGCUAGUGUAGGUACGAGUACAAAUAUAAUUCAAGUAUCGAAGCUGAAGACCCUUGUAAACCACUUCCUUGGGUCAGUGACACAAAAUUGAUUCAAUAGAAAGUGCCCAUGUAAGUCCUAUAUCAGACCCAAGGAACUUGGUAUACAAAGAAACAGUCUUUGUUAAUGCAACUGGCACUCGCUUUACAAAUCAGUUCUCGCUCUUCUGAUCAGCUGAAUGGCAUAAUUUUCUGAUCAUCACUGAAAACACAGUAUAGGAUUCAGUGCUGGGAGACGGUUCAAACACAAAAGAUAUGAGUAACGAGAAAAAGGAUAACAAAUACUUUUGAAAAAUGAAACCUUGAAGUAAAGAAGGGAAAUUGAGAAGAGGAAACGCAAUCAACAAAGGAAUAAAUAAACGUAGUUUUGAAAGUAGAAGUGGGAAGGACUUCGGUCUUACCUAAAAACUGUUGGUACUUAAGAAAAAUAAGAUCAAGAGUGAAAAUACUUGCAUAAAACGUUCUUCUUUAGUUCAUAACGCUAUUGUUUGGGUUUGUAUUUAACAAAACCACCCUUCAUCAUGAAUGACGAGAGACCGUUCGAGUGCACGUAUUGCGAGAAGAGGUUCCGGUGGAAGCAGAACAUGAAACAGCACCUGAGGAACCACACGGGAGACAAGCCGUUCCAGUGUUCGUACUGCAGCAAGAGGUUCGACUGGAAGCACAACUUAACGACCCACCUGAGAGUCCACACAGGGGAAAGGCCAUUCAAGUGCACUAUCUGCGCUAAACAGUUCACCCAGAAAGGUCAUCUGAAAGAGCACGCUAGGACUCAUAACGGCGAGAAGCCUUUCGAAUGCGCGGAGUGCCAGAAAAGGUUCACUGCGAAGUCUUCCUUGAAAAAACAUGCAUGCCUAAGAAAGCCUGCCAAGCGUGAUGUAGCUGUUCCACCGUUUUUGUGUUCUAUUUGUGGUGCAGAAUUUGAAUCGAAGCGAGAUCUGAAAAUCCACAAAAAGGCUCAUGGAGACAAGAAACUAUUCAAGUGUUCACACUGUAGCAAAGAAAUGGCACAGAAAUCCCACUUAGAACAGCAUAUGAGAAUACAUACUGGAGAAAGACCCUUUCAGUGUUCCUAUUGUACUAAGAGGUUUGUGCAGAGCAGUGCUUUGUAUCAGCAUGAAAGAUUUCAUAGAAACGAGAGACCUUACACGUGUUCACACUGUGAGAAAAAAUUUAGUCAGAAAGGUCACCUGAGACUGCACGUGAGAAUUCACACAGGUGAAAGACCAUACCCGUGCAUAUAUUGUGAAAAAAGGUUCUUCGCAAGUUCUGAUCUGAAGAAGCAUGUGAGACUUCACACAGGGGAAAAGCUGUUUUCGUGUCCACAUUGCAAGAAGAAAUUCAUGUCAAAAAAGACUCUAUCCAAGCAUGUCGAAGCCCACUCAGCCGAGGAGGGAUUUCGGACCGCAACUGUUAUAAAAGAAUCUCGAGUGAACAACUUAUCAGCCCCUCCAGAAGGACAUCCAGAGGACACCUCUUGUGCCUCGGAAAAUGAGCGGAAUAUGUACAGUCUCCGACCUAGGUUACAAAAGUCUUUCCAUGAUGUAGCCGGUGACAGGACCUCAGCGACCCAUCAGGGGCCAGAGGAAGCUUUCAGUAAAAAGUCUUUGCCUGAAAACCUCAGCUUCAUCAAGUCGGAGUAUAAACCAAUCUUUGUAAAGUCAGAAGAACCAGCUGAUGAUAUCAAAACGUAUGACAUGUAUAGGACGUGUAUAAUGGAAGAAAAAAUUAAAGUAGAGGAAAAUAUAACUGUAAAAGAAGAAAUUGUGUCAGACUGAAUGUUUAUAUGAAGGUGUUGUAUGGAGGGCUGUGCGUAGAAAGAAUUUAAUUGUAACAUGCUAGAAAAUGCUAUCAAAGUUUGUGAACAUAAAAUGACUGUAACUGUUGCUAGUUACGGUUUUAAUGUAGCAUGAAUUGUGUACUUUUGAAUAUGCAAACAAACUAGUAUUUUUAGUGUAAAAAUAAAAAUGAAUUCAUUAGAGUAUACACUUUAUUCGGUUGUUAUCUAUGUUAGAGUAUAUUUUCUGUUUCUAUAUUGGUUGAAAAGUGAUAUCGUUUGUAUGUAUAAUAACGAUAAUAUGCUAAUCAUAUUACAUUAUAAUCACUUGGUCAAGAAAUGGUUAAACGGGUCACGCUGGACCGUGAUCAUAGUGUGCUUGCUCAUGUCCAGGUGCUGUUCAAGAGAGGGCCAGAGGAGACCAAGAGUAAUUUGCUAGUGGUUCCCCAACUUUUCUAUUCUGGCGCCCCCUUGGCUUCCAGCUGGAUUCCUAGCGUCCCUAGCGGUACCACCUAUUUAGGGAAUCAAUGGCUUAGGCUCUUGUGAAUCACAGCAUCACCUUACCAUCUGCGCCCUCUCCCUGCCUUCACUUGAGGUGUUGGGAUGAUGGAUCUAUUCUUCGUGCAACAGCUGGAGAGCAGGAAAUCGACGUCUGUGAGGUGGUGUAGUACUUCUGUUUUACAAUGAUUGUAAACCAUUCCUACGUUAUAAAAAGGUGGCGAAAAGAAAGGUCGAUUACUUGUUAUUCAGAACAGAAAGGCUUUGGCUGGCUGACGUGCUCGACCAUUUCAGGACGCAGCCCCAAAAUGUCCUACUGGGUGUGUGUCCUUUGUAAAUUAUAUUGAAUGUGAUGCAUCCUCUUUUUCAGUAAAAUAAACACCGUUGAUCA